AUGUACUACAGGUACCAUGGACGAUGUGUGUAUGACAUCGAGCCAAAAGAUUUGGGUCCACUUCAAGUAUCAUUUCCUGACAUUCAGAGCAAUGCUUAUCUCAAUGUAGAAGUUCACACAUGCGCAAACUCCGAAUGUAGUCAGUGGAGCUACAACGGUUGGAUAUCAGGAACAUCCAUGAACUUGUGGUUGCCAGAUGCUCAGAUAUACCAUGCUGCCUUCAGAGUCAACGUGUCGAAGAUGAGGAUUUCAUCUUACGAUUCUUUCUUGCUCAAAUAUGGGCCUGUCGUCCAUGACGUCUGCGGCGAUGGAAUCCAAGAGGCUUUGGAGGCUUGCGACGACGGAAACUUGAUCGAUGGGGAUGGGUGCUCUUCCAAGUGUAAGAAAGAAUGCAUAGCAGCAAACUGCUGCUAUUUCCAGAUGUCCGCCCUCGAGAUCUUUGCCAAGAGAUACGAGGACGAAGUAGCUCCUGGCGCCACAUGUGCCUCGUUUGAGAUCAACGACAACAAUAACGUCAUGGGGGACAUGGAGCUCGCUGUCGUCCCAACACAUAUGAACUUGUGCGCUGUCGACAAGCAGCAAACUUCUUGCGACCGACUCGAGUUGACGUCGGCUGGCAAGACACAAGUGUUGCUCAACGAGUUUCAAGUCUUCCGUGGUCGCUCCCUCACCCUCCACUUCUUCUCCAACGUGAACAAUCGAAGUUCGCCCUUUCCCUUCAACCUCUCCUGGGGAGGAAAGUCGAAGUCGAUCUGCGGCAACGGUCUGCGCGACUGGACCUUCCGCAUGCUCACAUCGGUGAACUGCACGUCGACAAAGUCGUUGAGCUACACGUCAACGAUCAACAAUGGGAUGGGAGGAGUUUGGUCUCAAAACUACUGGAUGUCUUCUUGCAACGUUGCAAUCUGGCCUGUGAUCAACACAACUGGUCCGAUGUAUCUUCUUGUCGAAAUGGCUUCGACGUCUCUUUAUGGCGGGUCCAUCAUGAACGUGACGUUGAACCGCAACAACAUUCCCUUCUCCUCCCCUGACUACAUCAGGCCGACUUGCGGAUCGACAGUUCCGAUUGUGCUAACAAAGAUCGCUCCAGACAUGCAUGGACCCAAGUUUUCGCUUCAGAUCAACGUGAUGUAUCCCAACUGCUGGUACUGCAGCUCCUAUCACACGUGCUACUACAUCGACGCCGUCGCGUAUCUCGCCACUGCUGACGUCUUCGAAGAAUGCGACGACGGGAACCAGAUGGAUGGAGACGGCUGCAGCAGCACGUGCACCGUCGAGUCAGGAGGGACCUGCAACAGCAGCUUCAGCAUCGGGUCGCUGCAGGCUGGUCCGGACAACCAUCCGUGCUCGCUGGUUGCUAGCAAUCCUUACUUCUGCUUUGUGUACGAUGAGGUCAACCUGAGGAGUAAUACAGCAAGCUUGUUACGAUGCCAACCCAAAGGGUGUGAAAUAUUUUUGACAAAGAUUGAAGGGUUCGAUGUUGAGCGCCUUCCACAGGUACACCGCAAGAACAAGCACAAUGCCAAUGAAAGGGGGGAAGGAGAGAGGAAGGUUCGCAGAAAGCUGGAUUUGGCCAAGGCAAAGGUGGUGGCUGCUGCUGGUGGUGGUGCUGUGUCGAAAAAGAAGAGGAAGGGAAGGAAGUAG